AUGGCGAGAGCAACCUCAAGCUUUUACCAGAAUAGGCUCAGUGCGGCGUGUGGGCUCUACUGGCGGCCAGCACACAGGGCUGCUGGACUGUUGGGCUGCCGCUCCCACAGGGGCUAUGCUGUGGGCCCCGCUCAGAGCCCCCCCACCUUUGAGUUCCUGUUGGACAUCGAUGGAGUGCUUGUCUGGGGCCAUAGAGUGAUCCCUGCUGCUCUGGAAGCCUUUCAAAGGCUGAUGAACUCCCACGGGGAGCUGCGGAUGCCGGGAGUUUUUGUCACAAAUGCCGGGAACAUCUUACAACACAGCAAAGCCCAGGAGCUGUCAGCCCUGCUGGGGUGCAAGGUGGAUGCAGACCAAGUUAUCCUCUCUCACAGCCCCAUGGAGCUCUUCUCAAAGUACCACGAGAAGCGGAUGCUGGUGUCUCGGCAGGGGCCUGUGCUGGAAAAUGCCCAGGGACUGGGAUUCCAGAAUGUUGUUACCAUGGACGAGCUGCGGAUGGCCUUCCCUCUGCUUGACAAGGUGGACCUAGAGCGGCGGACGAAGACCACGCCCCUCCGGCUGAAGACCACGCCCCUCCCAAGGAAUGACUUCCCCCACAUUGAAGGGGUGCUCCUCCUAGGGGAGCCCGUCCGCUGGGAGACCAGCCUGCAGCUGAUAACAGAUGUCCUCUUCAGCAAUGGGAGCCCUGGGACUAGCCUGGCGACAGCCCCCUACCCCCACCUCCCGGUCCUGGCUAGCAACGUGGAUCUCCUGUGGAUGGCUGAAGCCAAGAUGCCCAGUUUUUAUAGGCCUGCAUAA